AUGGCCUGGGGUAUUGAGGUUGAAAGCGUCGUUGGCCUUCUCCUUGAAAAGCAUUGUUGUGAGCUAUCCACCGUCCCCACCCAGGACCAGGUCCUUGUCCCUGAGACCCUCCUUAAGAAGCGCAAGAGCCAGGAGCAGGCUCGCGCUGUUGCCCGCGAGGAGGCCCAGAAGAAGAAGGAGGCCAACAAGAAGAAGCGUGAGGCUAUCUUCAAGCGUGCUGAGUCCUACGUCAAGGAGUACCGCGAUGCUGAGCGUGAGAAGAUCCGCCUUGCUCGCGUUGCUCGCCAGCAGGGUAACUUCUACGUUCCUGACGAGCCCAAGCUGGUCUUCGUUGUCCGUAUCAAGGGUAUCAACAAGAUUGCUCCUCAACCCCGCAAGAUCCUGCAGCUUCUCCGUCUGGUCCAGAUCAACAACGGUACCUUCAUCCGCCUCACCAAGGCCACCCAGGAGAUGUUGACCAUCAUCAACCCCUACAUCGCUUACGGUUACCCCAACCUCAAGAGCGUCCGUGAGCUCAUCUACAAGCGUGGUUACGGAAAGGUCAACAAGCAGCGUGUCCCUCUCACCGACAACCAGGUCAUUGAGGAGGCCCUUGGCAAGUACGGCAUUGUCUGCAUGGAGGAUCUGAUCCACGAGAUCUACACCGUUGGCCCCAACUUCAAGCAGGCCAACAACUUCCUCUGGCCCUUCAAGCUCUCCAACCCCACUGGUGGCUUCCGCACCCGCAAGUUCAAGCACUUCAUCGAGGGUGGUGACCUUGGUGACCGUGAGGAGAACAUCAACGCUCUCAUCAGACAGAUGAACUAGAUGCAAUCUUCUCCACGGCGGUUCUCUAUCCUGGGUUGUUUGGUUCACAUGGCCUGUUCUCGAUUAGCGUAUAAUGGUCUAUGAUUCUCGGGUACAAAAAUGGAAAAGUUCAAGCAACCCAUAAGCUUUUGACAUAAUUCAUCGUAGAGUAGUCGUAGCUUCUCGCUGUUUUGGGCUGCCUGGACAUAGGGACUCCGUACUACCUUGCUCUCUAUGUUGCGGGUCAUUCUGCUCGGUUAUCCAUGCAUUGCCAUACAACCCGAAUCGAUUUCGCAGCCUCGGCUUUUGGAUCAUGUACCUUCCAACGCC